CACGGGGUCAUGGACCGUGCAGAUACCCGAGCAGCUCUAGAAGUCCAAUUUCAUCAACGAUGGGACGGGACUGUUACCUCGCUGUUGAAAGCGUUCACACAGUGUUCACUUCGCAACUAUCGCUGAGUUCCGGGUCCUUAGCGCAGUCCUGCCAUAGCUGUCAAGGUCGCAAACGCUAUCUGCUCCAAGACUCUCGUCUCGAAUCGUCCAGCGACACUAUUACUGUCCUUUCUUCCGGAAAGUUUGAGGUCACAGCCUGUGCUCAUGAGGCAUAUCCGGGCCGUUUCCCCGACUGUGACGCUGCGUUUUUCAUUUCCGCUCUGCCGCUUUGCCGCUCUGCCUAUGACUUGGCCGACUACUGCGCACCAUGCUCAAGGCGACCAUCCUCUUCGUUUAAAAAGCCAGGCAUCCUCGCGCACCCAUCAGAGAAGUUCCAUGUUGUUUGACUCGACAGCUACAGGACACGCCCUCAUGUACACUUUGACCUCACUCGUCAUGCACGUUGUCGAGAAAGCCUUGACGCUCUUUCACGAGGUCCUCCUGCAUGCUGGACGCAUCACAGAAGGCCCUCUGCCUACCGAUAUGUACCACUGCCUCGUGUUGUUUUUCUUUCCACCUCUUGACGCCAACAAACUCCCGUAUCCACCUCAAGUCUUCAGCGCGACGGCGCUCCUGAACCAAGUGAUCGCCAGCGGCGACAGGUGCGACAAUCUAGUCCUGCGCCGAGUCGAACUCUACAAGCAAAGGUGGAGCCCGUUUGAAUACAUCAUUUGCAAGUACGCCAACCGUCAGGAGGGUCCCUUGUUGCCCGAAAACUAUCUUCUCCUUUCCUGGUCCUUCUAUGAUGGAAUGGAAGAGAGUCAACAGGUCGCUCCCCCUGCCUCCGUUCAUCAGGACUGCGCCGAGGGUCCAGCAGCACGCGAUGAGACGGCCACUCAAUCUAAAGAACGCGGAACCAAUGCAACGCAGGAGACAGGCGGCAUUGGCUUUACGUCCACGAACCAGCGCCGAAUCCGGACACCGAUGGCCAAGUUAUUCAUCUCAGGAUCCAGAAAACAAAGAUACCUUAUGGACAUGAUGGGCAGUAGCAAAUUGCUUGCUUCGUUCGACCUACCAAUGGAGGGUGCAAUGCGCAUGGUCGAUUUUCUUUGGGUCUCGAACUGGGCCGCGUUUCCGUUUCCACACGACCUUCCUGUUUCGUCAUGCUACACCUUCCUCUCGCGCCUUGUCUUUGAUACUCUGGUUAAGCGCACAAAGCACCUCGACCCUGCCAUCUAUACUGCACGAGGAGCAGCUCGCCUUAAGACGGACCCGCUCAACUGGGAUGGGACCACCAGUGAGACGGCCAGAAUGCAGCACAUCUUCAAAGACCGUCUCCCAACCCUGUACUAUGAUUCCGAACACAUCCGGAAUCUUCGCCAAGAGAUUGACAACAGCCGCUGGAAGCAUGAUGCCCCGCUACUCGCUCUCCGCCGAGAGACAAUUGCUUAUGUGAUGGCUCGUCUGGUGUCGGAGCAACAGAGAGCUGCUGCUGGAGCAACGCUCGAACAGCUCGAAGCAAAGAUCGAACAGCUCGAAGCACUGCUGCGCGCCGGGCAGACACGAUCGGUGGAAAUAUCACAGACACACGGGGUCUAGAAUCCUGAAAUCAAAUGCGAUGACCGUUCCAAUCUUACUUCUCUUGAACUCCAUCCCUCACAGCGGGGACAAAUAUCUGGACUUGGACGACCAACUUGGGGUAAAGUUUCUGCCCGCUACGUGUCGAUCAACAACCGUGUGGGUUUUGUGCAAGAAAGUGACAUAUUGUAUCCCCCAAGAUCUACAUUCCCUUGUUUCUGUCACUGUAUUCAAACUGCGCAUAAUUUGUAGCCAUCCAAAAACAAUGUAAUGAUUGCGAAUAAGCCGCUUAUACGGAUCUGACCUGUAGCAUAGCAGCCUUCUCUCCGAUCUUUUCAUCCAACGGGAGCAGGGUGUGUGCCAGCCGCGCAACAGUCUUGGUCCCAGGCGGAAUGCUGAAGCUGAAUUUGCCAACAAGCUCGCAGAGGAUGAUCUGCAUCUCCAUGACGCUAGAGGGAUGAUUUGAGCGUGUAGCACAAGGAAUUGACAAGUGACGACCCACGCGAAUCGCC